AUGAAGCAGUAUCGUGAGGAUUACAGCGGCGGCGAGGUAGGCAUCAAUGGCUUCAAUCAAGACUCCAGUCGACCGGUGGUCUACGACGACCUGGACCCUUUUGGGCACGAGGAGAAUCACCAGAUCAAGUACAAGACUCUAUCAUGGCAUCUCGUCGCCGUCCUCAUGAUCGCCGAGAUCGUGAGCAACGGCAUGCUCUCCCUCCCCUCCUCCCUCGCCGUCGUCGGACUCGUUCCCGGCGUAGUCCUCAUCGUCUUUCUCGGCGUCUUCGCGACCUACACCUCCUGGCUCCUCGUCCAGUUCAAACUCCGCCACCCGGAGAUCCACUCCAUGGGCGACGCCGGCCAGAUCCUCUUCGGCCGACCGGGCCGCGAGCUCCUCGCCUUCGGCACCGUCGUCUUCGCCAUCUUCGCGACCGGCGGCCAGCUUCUCGCCGGCCAGAUCGCCCUCGCAACCCUCAGCGACAACAAGCUCUGCCUCAUGCUCUACACGGGCAUUUUCGCCAUUCCGACCUUCAUCUUCAGCUUCCCACGCACGAUGGACCAGCUGUCGUGGCUGUGCAUCCCUUCCGUCAUCUCCAUCCUCGUCGCCGGGGUCGUCGGCAUGAUCGGGGCCGGGCUGCACCCCGCGGCCGACCGGCAGGUCAGCGUCGCGGUCGCGUCGGACUUCUACACGGCCUUCAUCGCCAUCACGAACCCCGUGUUCGCGUACGCGGGGCACUUCAUGUUCUUCAUCCUCAUGUCGGAGAUGCGGCGCCCGCAGGACGCGAUGAAGGCCGCGUACGUGCUGCAGGGCUUCGCGACGACCUUCUACGCCGUGUUCGCGGUGGUGUGCUACGUCUACCUCGGCGACGGGGUCGCGUCUCCGGCGUUCAGCAGCCUGGAGCCGAAGUGGGCGAAGGCGGCGUACGGCAUCGCGAUCCCGAACUUCCUGCUGGCCGGGUCGCUGUAUGCGCACACCGCGGCCAAGUUGAUUUUCGUGAGGAUCUUCCGCAAGAGCCGCCACCUGCACAGUCAUACGUGGGCGGGAUGGGGAACAUGGACGGUGCUGAUUCUACUGUCGAACGCGGCGUCGUUUGUGCUGGCUGUGGGAGUGCCGAUUUUCAAUUACUUGAUUGGCAUCGCGGCAAGCUUGUUCGCGGCGUGGUACACGUAUGGGAUUGCGGGCGCGUUCUGGUUGCACGAUAACUAUCACGACUUUGACGGGUGGAGGCAGUGGGCACGGAAAUGGUUCCAGACACUGGUGGCGGUGUUGACCUUUGCUGCGGGAGGGUUCAUCUGCGUAGCGGGGACGUAUGUGACGGUCAAGGGCAUUGCGGAGGCAUAUUUAUCUGGUGAAGUUGGCGAGCCACUCAGUUGUUAG